AUGGAUUCAGAGCUAGGAAUCAUACAAACUCUUUCACAUGGCGAGAAUGGAACAAGGAUUCAUCCCACAAGAGUCUUUGUUGGUGGUUUGGCAAGGGGGACUACGGAGCUUGAAUUGGAGAAUUUUUUUUCGGACUAUGGAUCAGUGGUGGAUGUUCGAAUAGUGUGCGACAAGCGUACAGGACUAAAUAAAGGAUAUGGAUUUGUUACUUACGAAAACAAAGAAGUGAGAGAUACGCUCUUGAAAAUGGGCAUGGUAGAUUUCCGCGGACGAAAAUUACGGUUGCGAGAAGCAGUGCGAAGAAAGGGUAGUGGGCAGUUUGACGAGCCUGAACCAGUUUUGUCAACUACAGAUGCGCAAGGAGUACAAUGGAUACUUGUGCCAUUAGAUACAGUACCUGUACAACAGACCUCUACCACACCGCAAAUGUGGUCUCAGUACAGCACUUGCAUCAUGCCAAAGACACCAAACUAUUACAGCUACAACUAUAUGGCUCCCGGUGCACAGCCUCAGCCUUAUUACCAGCAUGGAACAGCUUACUAUUGCUAUGUUUAAAUGCUUGCUAAACUGUGUCAAAUACUGAAGAAGAUUUAUUAUCCCUUUUGAAAUGUAUAGCUCUAUAAAAUAAACCUAUGCAAUGUGAAUUCAUAUUUUUAGAUGCCCCUUUUUUAUAUAAAGACAUACAUGAGGACUGAAAGAAACUUAGCAGUUUUUAAAAACAACAUAUUAAGAAUGUUUAAUAAAGCUGUAUGUGUAACAGAAAA